AUGAUAUUUUCCGAACACGUCAACGGACGCAACGAGGUCAUGGUGGUCUCAUCAGAGUCGGGUCCGCCGCGGCUCGAUCUAAACCUUACUUCGGGUCGCCGAGGCACCUUUGAUAGUCUCGACAGCGACUUUGACAGGCGUUUCUAUCCUCGCACGGCACGCUCGUCCAACGAUCUCUUCGCCCAGACUCUCGAAGGGAUGGACGUGACAGGCUGUGACUCGGAAUGGGGUGUUGUCCGCGCAAGAGCCCGAGAGAACAACGACAGACAGGGUCUGGCGGACCUCAUCGACUUCCUCAGAACCACUUCUCCACCGUCAGACUUCCCUUCACAGUCCGUCUUCGAUGAGGACAUCAACGAAUCACAGGAACUACCAGAGAAGUGGAGAAUUCUCAAGAAGCUGCGUCGUCCGCGCACAAGGGCCAGGUCUUUGUCGCCUGCCCGUCGACCUCUGAACACGGGCUUGCCUAACUCUGCCGUUGUGUCCAAGACAAGCAGCGGCAAGUCGCAUAUCGCAAUUUCCAUUCCGUUGGAGUAUUGCCACGUAGGCCCGGAUUCCGAUUGGGCUCUCGCCAUCUUCAAUGCCACGCCGCCGCUUCCACCAAGCCCCCCGGUGAGAAAGAGCGAUGAUGAGAUCGACAACGCCGGCGCCAGGCCUUAUGCCAGUGAGCGUAAAGUUACUGUCCUCAAGACUGUUAGUGAGAAGGGGUCAAUCUCAACCAUCAACACUGUCAACACGAUAAGCACCAGAAUGGGAACCAAGGGCUCAGUCUCUAUCUGGCCCAAGAUCACCCCAAAUCCAAUGAGUCCGCCCAUGACACCUUACACCACGCCGCCCGGAAGUCUACGUGAGUCUUCUUCGACCAAGGACAAACAUAACCGGAUACCUCUAGCCGCGCUGCAGUAUGCCGAGAUUCCUGCAGACCCUGUUUCGACACGCAGAAGGCUAGCCAGUAGUCUCGACAAGUGCCAUCACUUCGGCAGGGACGAGGGUAACCUCGCUCAGGUGGCAAUCCCAAAUGCGCGAAAACCUAAAGUCAAGUCGUCUCCUAAACGUCCCGGAAACAUCACUCUGCCUCCGCGCAGGUCGAGCACAAAGAUAUCCAGCCCUCAAGCAGACCAGAUUUUAAACAGCCAACACUUGAUUGACGGCAGUAAUGGUGGCAACGCUCAGCACCAAGGCGCAGCAUCGGAUGCCCCCCAGUUGAGCCCGACUACCUACUCAGAGUCGAACUCCAUUAGUCCUAGUGUUACCACAGAGCUAUCGGGGCCGGUGGUUUCAAGCGCCCAGUCCGCGAAGGCUUACUCAAUGGGUUCAAUAGUGCGCCCCGAGAUGCCGUCCACAACACCUAGACAAUCUUACCUUGUCCGGCCAGGAAGCAGUGAUACGGCGCAGACAACCCUGGUCGGCGAGUCCGUGGCGUCUCGGAAUGCCUCUACAAGAACGGCUUCCUCAAGACAGAGUCGCAGGGAGCGCGUCAGGUCCAUCAAGCAGCGGGACAUGGAGGCUCUCAAAUGUAUGACAAAACAGGUGCCGCAGGAGGAGGAUGGCGAGGUGACCCCGAGGCCGAUGACCUGCGAAACUGCCAUCAGUUCUCUGCGUCUGCCUUCUCGUGACGGAACCUUUGGCUGUAACGACCGCUUCUCGCUUCACGAAAUUGAGACGAAGCUGUCCGCCACGAACUUGGCCAACAUGGCAAAGUCCCAUAAAAAGUCGUCGCAUCGCGUUUCCCAUGGCACUGCAACCAAGAUAUCGGACUGGCAGGCCACGCAAGAAACUGAGACACCAGGAUGGGAGACAGCGCGAGAGGAGCUAACGCCCGGCUGGGAGACUGCUCAAGAAACGCCGGCGAUAGACUGGGAAAAGACGCCAAUUUUGGCUGAGAUGACGGAGGACCAGGUAAUCUCAGCCGCCGCCAGCACUAGAACCUUUGGUAACGGUGAUGCCAGGGACAGCACCCUGGGCUCCGAACCUCCCCGUCGGUGGGGGAGUCUUCACCGCGCCAGCUGGGCUAGCUCAGUACCGCUUUUGGAUCGGAUAGGCAGCUUUGCACCGUCCGACGAGAGCACGGCACAGGUCGCGGAGGCGGGCGGCAACCAUUUGCCCCCACGCCGAGCUUCGAAGUCGCGAGCGGACUCUGCCACACCAUCGCAGGCGGGUGCGGAUCAGCUCUACUUGGACAGCUUCAGCUCCUGUGGUUCUGGCAAUCCGGCGCAUAUUGACCCUGACGAUGAUGACCAGUCCAUCGCGGGCAGCAUCGCGGCGUUCCCCAAACCUGGCUCCGGUGCUGGCCCUCGCUUGAGCGCCAUCAUGCCCGUGGCUGAGGUGGUACCUUCGGCGCCACUCGACGAGAGAUGGUCGGCUUCGGCUCUCAACUCGCCCAUCACCGUGGUUGAGCUUUCCUACCCGCCCUUCGCCGAUGACCUAACACCGCGACGAAGUUCGAUGCCGGUGGCUCGCCUGCCCACCGCUGGCAGCCCGAACAUGUCUCCGCCUGAUGCCUCUAGAAACCAGAGGCAAACCAACGGUAACAAUCGACGAGAAUCUGUCCCCGUCGGCGGCAACACAGGAGAGACAACGGCCUUGCGUCCCCCAAACCGUUCGAAUGAGGAAGACUCCGUUGGCAUCGCAAACAUGUCGUCUCAUGAGCUCCGCAACCACUACGCCAGCCUCCGUAGCACGCGUGUCAACGAUCUCGCACACGAGAUGCUCUUGAAUCAGGAACGUCUCGAAAUGCGCAUGCACCGGCAGGAGCGCAACCAGAUCCUUUUCAUCGAACGCCUUCAAAAGUGCAUGAGCGAGCUCCAGAGCCUACCCGAAGACCCUUGCCUGGACCCUCACCCGCAAGACUGGACCCUCAACGACGACGAGGACAACAUCUACGAGGGGCUGCGCAUCAGCCGGGACCCGAGGCACGAGGUGCGCGCGCGCAAAACCGUCCGGCUCAAUACCCCCAACCGUCCGCUGCAGCAACACCAGCCUGGUCCGCGCCACUCUUCCCGACGGAUUAUGGACGUCGCGGGUGUAUUUGAUGAUUUUGCCGGCGACUUUGUCGACCCACGGCAGCCGCAGCAGCAGCAACAGGUGCCGAGGGAGCCGUCGAUGUCGCAUGACACGCCGCGCACGAUCCGAGGCAGCAGGUUCCAGGCCGUGAUGAUGACACCAAUGAACACGCGCGGCGGGCUGGACGCCAUGGACCCUCUCAUCCGGGAGCUGCAGCUGGCGGCGAGGGUGAGCUUGGAGACGACGCGGACGGAGAGGACAGAGGCGUCGCAGGUUGGCGACUAUAGCUACGGCAUCGUUUAG